AUGCUGUCGUGCAUCGUCGUGCCCUGGGGCCUCACCGUGCUCUGGAACCUCCUCUUCCCCGGGCGCGGCGACGUCGCCCAGGUGUACCCCGAGGAGGACGGGCGUGGCCGCCGCGUGCGGAACUGCCAGACGCAGGCGAUGAACUCUCGCCGCGAGGCGCACAAGCAGGAGCUGCGCUCGCGGCGGAGGAUGUUCACCAAGGGCUUCGUCUUUCGCCUGGUCAUCCUGCUGCUUCUGGCGGCCUGGUUGGCCUACACGGUGUACCAGGUCAGGGCGGUCAUGGCCACGAGCAAGCUGUACCAGAACUUCGACCCCCACGAGAUCCUGGGCAUCGGCCGCUCGGACAAGGCGUCGGCGAUCAAGAAAUCCUUCCACAAGCUGUCGCUGAAGUACCACCCCGACAAGAACACGCAGCCCGGAGCGGCGGAGAAGUUUAUGCUCAUCAAGAAGGCAUACGACGCGCUGACCGAUCCCGUGGCCAGGAGGAACUAUGAGAGGUACGGGAAUCCCGACGGCCCGACAAGGAUGGAGGUCGGCGUCGCGCUGCCGACCUUCGGCAAGGAGAACCAGGGGGCAGUCCUGGCCCUGUUCGUGGUCUUUUUCAUCGUCGGCGUGCCGCUGGCGCUGCUCUCCUGCAUGGGCUCCGGAAGCGGCGAGGUGCUUCCCAACGGCGUGCUGCGUGCCACAAUGGAGAUGCUCGCCGAGAAGAUCACGCCGACCAUGGACGUCAGAGCGGCGCAGGAGCUGCUGCUCGCCAGCGGCGAGAGCGCCCUCUGCCCGGAGCGCCCCGGGGAGGCCGAGCUCCUCGAGGAGGGCUUCGCGGAGGCCCUGGCGGCGGCGGUGGAGCUACACCGCUGCGUCCUCCAGGCCCUCGAGCCGGGGAAGGAGGCCGGCCACCUGCUGCAGGUGCCGCACUUCAACGCCGAGCGCUCCAAGGCCUGGAAGAAGGGCCCCCGCAGGGCGGGCGGCCUGCCCGCCUUCCUGCAGCUGCCCGCCGAGGAGCGCGCGGCGGGCCUGCGUGAGGCGGGGCUCGGCCCCCAGGAGCUCGCGGACGCGAGCGAGUUCGCGACCGUGGCGCCGCGGGUCUCCAUCGCGGCGGCCAAGGUCUUCGUGGACGGAGAGGACGGCGUCUGCGAGGGUGACAUCGCCACCCUGUCCGUGACGCUCCGGCGGGCGAACCUCCAGGCGGAGGAGGCGGCCGGGGCCGCGCACACCCCGCUCUUCCCGAGCGCGACGGUGCCCGAGGCCUGGUGGCUGGUGUUCACCAUGCCGGACGGCAAGAAGGGCAAGGCGAGCAGGUGCCAGCGGUUGACCUCUCGCGCCCACGAGGUCGUGGGCGAGAUGAAGUUCCGGGUGGCAGCCCUCGGCAAGACGCGCUGCAAGGUGUCGGUGCUCUGCGAGUCGUACGCCGGGCUCGACCUGGAGCAGGAUCUCGUGUUCGAGGCCACGAAGGGCGAGCAGCGCGCGGCGGCGGACGGCGACGGCAGCGACGGCGAGGACGCCGCGUCUGAGGGCUCGGACUGA